AUGUCCGUCGCAAACGAUAAAGUUAAAGAGCAAUUAAAAAAAUGUGAAGGCAUACAUAAAUCUAUAGAUCAACAAACAAAUACUCUUGCCGCAUUAGUAUUGACUACAUCAAAGGAGCAGAGUACAGCUCCAAAGUCAGUUCAGUCAUCAAGAAUAGCAUUACAACAAGUCGAGGAGGAUGACUCGGAUGAUGUCGUCUACACCAAUCAUUUUCCAUGUUCAUUCGCUCGUGAUCUUACCUUUUAUCAAUACGAUGUCAUCGUUGAAGAAUAUCAUAAAAAACAAAAUAAAUACAUUAACAUUUCCAGUCGUGAAAAACGUCGUCAGUUUGUUUCUGAUAUCCUUCUCGCUAAAACAAUUCACCCAACAGCUGUCUGUUGGUACGAUGAAGGAAGUUGCAUGUACAGUACAACAAAUUUCAAGGACAAAUUGCCAAUUAUAUAUGAGAAAGAAGAACAAGGAUAUCAACGUCGUUUAACAAUUAAAAGUCUAUCAGCCACAAGUGGCACAAACGAUUUAGAUCAAUCUUCGAUUCGGAUUAUUGAAACAUUGAUCAAACAAGUACUCAAAGAACAAUUCAAAGCAAUUGGUUCAGUCUUCUAUAGAUGGGACGAAGAACCAGAUCAAGAUGGACUCUAUGAUCUCCUUACAGGCUUCAAACAGGCUAUGUGUCUCACAGAAUCAGGUCCCACCUUGAAUGUGGAUAUCACAAUUACUAGAUUCUACCCUCACCUUGAUCUUUUAACAUUUAUUUGGGAAAGAUUGCUGCAAAAUAAAUCUCCUUUUCAUGGAUGGCUGUCAGAUCGACAAUACGAUCAAAUCGGUAAUCGUUUGAAAGAUGUUGAAGUUACAACAAUUCAGUCAGAUCAUCAAAAUAAAUAUGUUCUCACAGGAUAUUUUUCGGAUAAUCUUCCUGAAAACACUUUCAUUGAACGACAAGGCAAUCUUCUAGAUUACUAUAAGCAUCUUGGAUUUGAACUUCGUUAUCCAAAGUUGUACUGCUUGAAAGCUUAUCGAUUAGGCAAUCCGCAAAAUAUAGUUGAUCUGCCAAUAGAACUUUGCUGUCUUGAAGAGUGGCAACAGGUGAAGGAAGAUGAAAACACGAAACCUAUUCCAGCACCAUCAGUCAGUAAACGAUAUCAUUCAAUAUUGGCAGCUAUCAGAUACUGCAAUUUUCAUGAUGAUGAUUUGUGUAAAGAAAUUCAAUUAGAAAUUUAUUGUGAGAAGAUGAUGGCAAUUCCUUAUGAAACUCUAAGGAAACCUCAAAUUAUUCUCAGUAGACAAAGUGGUUUCACAAAUCCAGUCUCAAUUGAUAACAUGGGAUUCAUAUAUCUGACGGACUGUCAACAACAGAAUGUAAGACAAGUUCAAGAAAAAUUGUUGAACAACUUUUACGAUGCUGCAAAACGACAAAGAAUGAAAUUGCCUGAAUAUCCGGAUGAAUAUGAAAUUUUUGCUGAUAGAAAUCUAGAAAACAGACUUCGAAAUCGUUUAUCUGAGCUCAAAAACAAGCAGUGUCAAUUCAUUCUGUGUCUUGAAAACUGUCGAAAUCUAAAAAUACACGAACUGUUCAAGCAAAUUGCAUACAACGAAUUUGGUCUUGCUACUCAAUGUGCUAACUUUACAAAAGUUCAGCGAAUAUCAAAUUUAAGAAGUUAUUGUGAUAAACUUUUAAAAUCAGUGAAUACUAAACUAAGUGGUGAAAAUAAACAAAUAGCUCAGUUACAAACAUUUAUCAAAACAAUGUUUAUAGGGGCUGACGUCCAACACCCGAAGAAUAAUUAUUCAGGUGAAUUACCAUCGAUUGCAGCUGUUGUUGCAAGUAUGAAUUCUGAGUGUACAUUAACAAAUCAACGUGUCUCUCGUCAAUGGCCAAUCAAUGAAAUUCAAUAUUCAUUGAGUGAAUUGGAGGAACUCACUUAUUCUCUUUGUCAUACUGAUCAGCGUAUUGAUAGUCGAUUGAGUGAAUCGAUUCCGAGUGUUUUACAUUUGGCAGAUGCCGCAGCAAGCAAGGCAAGACAACUGUUUGACAGUAGUACAAGACCACCAAAUGCAAUUCAAGCAGAGAUACUGAGAGUUCAUGAAGAUAUGCAAGAUACACCACACAUGUUUUAA